GAUCCCGGGGGCGGCGCUGCAGCGGAUCCUGAAACGCUUUGGAGGAUCGGGGGUGAGGUUGCGUUGGCUGCAAACGGCUGGCGACGGUUGGAGAGCCGAAGAAGGCCUGGAAGGUUCUACUUUUCCCACGAAUCGUCCGGCAAAUCGAAGCCUGCAGCUUGUGACAGUGCACCCGAGCGACUCACCCAGGAGCUUCCUGACGGCUGGGCCCGAAAGGCAAGUCGCAGCAGGCCAGGAGUCUUCUACUACGUCAACGUUGUCACCGGAGAGCAGUCGUUCAAGCUACCUGGCGAGGGGAAAGCUGCGCAAGAG